GGAGCAGGAGGGUGAGGUGGCAAGGAUGUGCAGGGUUGAAUUUUCUCCUUUUUCUCUGCAAAUAGUGCUAGCACCCUGAUGGUACACCCUACUGCCAGCCCCGCAAAAACUUAUUGAAGCACCGCCCACCAACACAUUGACCUUCCUUUCUUCUUCUGCCUGCCUGACUUUGUAAGUGAGCCCCUAGCUUUUUGUCAGGAGUGGGGCUAUGGAUCUGUAUGUAGCACAGUGGCAUCAUUUGUCAAGUGCCCUCCCUGGGCCACUGUGUCAGGCACUCGCGAUUGCUGCAAUGCCUGUAAUUAGCGUCCCAGGUUACCUGGCUGUCCUUCUCACUUGCACUGCCUUUUUCCUUUUCACCCUUCCCUCCUAGCCCCUUUAGUCUUCUGUCUCUUCUCACUGGGGACUCAGUCCUCUCAUCUGUCUUCCCUCCCUCCCUUCCUAAGGGGCCUUUUCUCGAUUCUCUGGGGAAACCACAUAGGCCUCCGCUAACCCAUUGAGCCCCAUUCCAUCCACCCAGAAGAUGUGGAGUAAGGUGAGGGGGCUUUACCCCCAGUGUUGAGGCUGCCAGGCCUUCUGUGUCUGCAUGAUUUUAUGAAGUCUGUCCUGUCAAAACCAAGAGGCCAGGGAAAGUCCCUAGGUUUAUUCUUUGAAGACCUCUUGAGCUCUUUUGCUGAGCACAAAGCUUGUGGGGCAGGUGGAGGAAGACUUUCGGAAAUGGAGAGAAGGCCAGUGGAUGGCUGAUGACUUGCAGAUGUGGGUAGAAUACGGGAGGGAGAAGCGGCUCCCAGGGCACCCGCGCUGAGUCCCUUUUGGAGCUUGGCCCCCUUUGCACAAGCUCUGUGUUGGGGUGGGAGCGGCUUCGAGGCAGUGGAGGGCUUGUUUGGCAGCCGGCGCCCAUCAGACAACUGGAAAGUGCCAGUGCCUGCGUGGCCAUCUGUCCCCACCGCCUAGCUCCCGGCCGCCUUCUGCUUCCCACAGAAGGGCCCACGCUGUUCUGCAGCACAAGGGCACAGGGCCUGGCUGGGAGGGGCAGGCACAAUUCCAUUUCGCCUUUGUUUAUUCCCAUCUCCUUUGCGGCUCCUGCACUUGGGAGUUGCCAGGUGUGUAAAAAGUUUGAGGUGCCCUGGCUAGUCAGGUUGUUUGGUGGGGCUCUGGCGGGAAGGAAAGGUGGAUGCGUGUGGCGUUUCCUUUGCUCGGUGUCUGUUUGUCCAACUGUGGACUUUCACCCCUCCCCGCGGCCGCUGGUUUUCUUUUUUCUUGCUUUGAUUUGUAAAAGCGCAGCCAAAGCAGGCCAGCUCUCCGGGAUUUGGGCUCAUCUGCACGCCACCCUCUCCAAGCUAGUUAAAGGGUUAAAAAUUAUGGGGAAGUUCAGCCGGCACUUGCAAGAUAUGGUUGCCGUAGCAACAGGCCUUCUAAUCUGAGUGCAGCAGCUGCCCCAAGCCCCGUGCUUGGCAACAUUCCCCCCAAUGAUGGGAUGCCGGGAGGCCCCAUCCCGCCAGGUUUCUUUCAGCCUUUUAUGUCACCGCGAUACGCAGGCGGCCCCAGGCCCCCGAUCAGAAUGGGAAACCAGCCUCCGGGAGGAGUUCCUGGGACACAGCCAUUGCUGCCCAAUUCCAUGGAUCCCACACGACAACAAGCCCACCCCAACAUGGGAGGAUCAAUGCAGAGAAUGAACCCUCCCCGAGGCAUGGGGCCCAUGGGUCCUGGCCCACAGACUGACCCUUGGUUAUCGUUGCAGAAUUACGGCAGCGGCAUGAGACCACCACCCAACUCCCUCGGCCCCGCCAUGCCCGGGAUUAACAUGGGCCCGGGAGCUGGCAGACCCUGGCCCAAUCCUAACAGUGCUAACUCGAUUCCAUACUCCUCCUCAUCACCCGGUACCUAUGUGGGACCCCCUGGUGGUGGUGGCCCUCCAGGAACACCCAUUAUGCCCAGUCCUGCAGAUUCAACAAAUUCCAGUGACAACAUCUACACAAUGAUUAAUCCGGUGCCGCCUGGAGGCAGCCGGUCCAACUUCCCAAUGGGUCCCGGCUCGGACGGUCCAAUGGGCGGCAUGGGCGGCAUGGAGCCACACCACAUGAACGGAUCGUUAGGGUCAGGCGACAUAGAUGGACUUCCAAAAAAUUCUCCUAACAACAUAAGUGGCAUUAGCAAUCCUCCAGGCACCCCUCGAGAUGAUGGCGAGCUAGGAGGGAACUUCCUUCACUCCUUUCAGAACGACAAUUAUUCUCCAAGCAUGACGAUGAGUGUGUGAUUCCCCCUUCUUCAAGAUGCUGAGAGAGCCGGCAUUGCAGGCGGGAAGAUGCCAGAAAUUAUGCAAGAAGUGAGGUGUCAUUAUCCAGGAGCUGGUGGGGAGGGCAUCUCCCUGCUCCCCUCAACCCCCUCCCACCCCCUCCAUGCCCUCCACCUUUCCCAAUUUUAGUUUCAUGCAAUAAAAAGGCCGAACUUUUUAUUCCAUAAAACAUGAAGGACAAAAACUCAAAAUGUAUUUCGAGUCAGAGACCAGGAAAAUCCUACCCCUUGCUCUUUCCCCAAAGUACCUUUUCUGUACAUGACACUUUUUUGUUGUUUUUUUUGUUUGUUUGGGAUUUUACCAUUGUUGGGAGUUUUUUAUUUGUUUUCAGGGGGGUUUUUUGGGGGAAAAAUUUUUUUAAAUGGAAGCUUCUAGCAAGCCCCCCACCCCAAUCAACCCCUAUGCUUUCUUCUUAAAAAAAGAAAAAAGAAAAAAAAAAAGAAAACCAGAAGCCCUGCUGACUGUGCCCAAGCCCUUCUACCAGGAAAGCUAGUCUAGGUGUGAGAGCCUACGUUGUCUGUAGCCAUCAAAAAUAAUAAUAAACCGGACAGUUUACAAUCGGUGGUUUCUUUCAAAAGGCCUUUUUUGGAAAGGAGAGGCAGUCACUGUUUUCCACUUGGUGUUUUGGUUUGUGCAGCGGGCAGGGGAGGAGCGGGAACGUGUUUGUUCUGGCUUGAUUUCUGUGGCAACAGCAGUGGCACCCUUGGAGCCCAGAACCCAGCACCCUCAUCAUGUGGCCAGAGGGGCCAGACCACCGACCCCUUUCAGGAUUCCACCACAGCCGAGCCCAUCGCUGUGACCCGGUGGCAUGCACUGUUCCAGGACGCCUUCCUCCUCCGCCUCUCCUGGACCUCCCUCCUGUCCUGGCCUCCCUGCCUCUCCAGCCCCUCCUCCGCCCCCACCCCAGUCUUCCCAGUGAGAAUCCUGCCAGCCGGGUGGUGGCCUGGUGCAGAGUAGGAGAGGCUGCCACUGACAGGAUGGCUAUGACCUGGGACAUGGAAACAGUGACCUUGCAUUCUGGUCCCAAGAUCCUCGCAUCAGUGUCAUCAUGUGCACCGGCAGGGGGGCUGGAGUUCCGGUUUUCUUUUGUUUUUUCUCUUUAUUCGUCCUUUCUCAAAGAUGGGAUACUGACCAGAAUUGCUCUGUAUACGCUUGGGACUGGAUGGAAAGACUUUGGAGCAGCUGUGGGGGGUAGGGGGACACUGACAACCAAACAGAUGUGCUGUCUCCGGUCCUGUUUUUAUUUUCAAAACCAACAAGCCCGACAGUGGAGCCUGUCCCCUCCUGGGAGGAUGCUCACGGCCCAUUCACCUCAUCACCCCAUGGAAACCUUUGUGUCUUGCCCUGGAAGACACCCGAAUUCUUUGUACAUUGACACCCCCUUCUCCCUCCCUCCCUCCCUCCCCUGUAGCUGGUCUUUGUUUUACUCCCUCCCCUUUCUGAUCCAUGUAUAUCAUAUUAUGUGAGAUAUCAUCUGCCUGAAAAAAGACUUCGUGCGGAUUAUUGGGAACAUUGUAGCUGUUUCUGUGUUUUUUCUUACCUUGUAGUCUGGUUCUGAAUUAAGAGAGGAAAAAAAAAAAGUAAUUAUGCUACAUUGUAGUUUGUGUACGAUAUAUGUUGAUAACGUUUUAUUAAAGGGACAUCUUUUUUCCGCA